AUGUCUGUAGCUGAAUUUAAUUACCAUUUCUUGGCAGUAGACAAAUGCACGAUCACAUGGAGGCUUGUAAAUCCAGAGGAGGCAGCAAAAGAAUUCUGGCGAACCUUUGAUUUGAAUCAAGAUGGUCAAAUCACAGCAGAAGAAUUCAACAUGGUCUUAGCAAGACUUCCUGAUGACAGUGUCGACAUUGCUUGCAUGUUUAAUCUUAACGAAUGCUUCUUCGGAUUCGUUUUCGCCUCCUUUAAAGCAGAAUAUCGAAGGAGCUGUUCGGUUCAGGACUUAAACAGACCUUUUCAAACCAAUAUUUUACGAAUUGAACACCUAAAGAAGAUGUCAUUGUAA